CAUUCCCGCCAGCGGCAAGACAGGGCCUCAUGGGCGUUCCGGGACUUGCGGGAGCUGACGAUGGGGUGCGCACAGGUCACUCUCGCUCCUCGCUUUUACCAUGGAAGUGCCGAUGGCCGAUCUGGAAGACGACGCAGUUUGUGACACCCGUGACCCAAGUAACCUCAGUGCUUGAGGUAGUCUAGCCAACACCAACAUCCCCAAGGGCCCGAUACCAGUCUCGACUACCACCGCCAUAGAGCCGCAGCAGCAGCAGCUCCAACCACAUCGUGACCAUGAAAAUCAACCCAGCAGCCCAUCAGCGAUGAGCAUCGCAGACGGCGCGCCCCCCUCCGCGCCCCCCUCUACGUCAUCCGCGUCCUGAGCUCGAAUACCUCGCCGCACGAGGAGGCUCCUCCCUGCAUAACCAUGCGCCGCCUUCCCUAUCUACCCGCGCACGACCCACGGCACCGCGCUGCCGCCCUCGCUCUUUAUCGCGCCCUCAUCCGCUCCGCCCGCCAAGUGCCCCUCCCCAAGGACCUCCUCCAUUCCCAACCAGCAGCCAGCAGCGGCAGUAGCACACCCUCUUCCCGAGGCGGCCCAAUCGGCGAGGUGGUGAGGCGGCGCGUCGCGGGCAACCGUGGCUACACCAGCCUGCGCCUCGUCUUCGCCUCCCUGGCCGCCGGAUACCGGUUCCUCGGCGUCCUCGCCCGCGCCCGCGACGCCGCCUCGCCCGAGAACGCGCAGCUCGUCGCGCACAUCCGCGCCACCGCGCAACGACGCGACAACGACGCCGCCGCCGCCGCCGAGUCCCGUUCCCGUCGCCGCGGAGCGCCUUUUGUCCCGGAGCCGCUCCCGGAGCCGCUCCUCGUCAACGUCGCGCCGCCGGGCCACCCGCCCGAGUACGUCUCCUCGACGCUCCCGCGGCCGCGGGCCACGCUCGGCGGUUCUUCUUCCGCCCCGCGCCGCGUCCCGUCCCUGUGCAUUACUUCCGACGGCCAGCCGUUUCUGCGCAUAUCCAAGCCGCAGCCCCGCGCGCUGAGCCGCAUGGUCGGUCGCAAGGGCCUUUUCUUCCAGCGCCACAUCCUCAAGAUCGUCGAGAUCGACGAGGACCUCAUGCCCGCCGCCAAGCUCGAGGACGAGUGGGACGGGCACGUCGCCAAGCUGAUGCGCCUCGAAGGCGUCACUCCCGUGGAGUUGGAGGACGCCAAUAUGCCCGGCGGACAGUACGGGGCCAGCCACGGUGGAACAGCCAAAUCCGUAGCGGCGGACACCUCGUCGUACAGCUGGAGCGUGCAGAUAACGCGCCUGUGGUGGGAAUGGCGCAUCGAGCAGAUGUGGCAGGACUGGACCGCGCGCGGCACUGCCCUAACUCGCAUCGUCGAGGAGGAGCGCGCCCUCGCCGAGAUGGAAAGAAAAGACGACAGAAACAAUAACAACAGUGUCGAAGACCAGAGCAGGCAGGCUGCUCGCGAAGCCCCUCAGGCUCACGCAGAUCCCGAUCCGCCAAACGCCAAGACCACCAGACCGACGACCCGCGACGACGACGACAGCAGCAGCAGCAGCAGCACCCUGCCCAACGUCGCCGAGUAUGCGGCCCCGCCAGACCCCCUAGCAUCGGCCAUCAGGUCCCGUCUUGGCCACGCAGGCGUCGCCCAGCUCAAUGGCAAGGACCCGUUCCUGUCGCCCGCGUGGGCAACGCUCGUCGACGUGACUCGGCCGCGGAUAACGAGGUGGCUUGUAGGCGGUGCGGCAGGGCGGAAACCCGGCGAUGUGACUGCCCGUUAGGCGGCGGCGUCGUCGCCUACUUGGCAUGUGGCAUGGGUGUUGUUUCCGCGUAUGGGUAUCAUGGGGAGCCGGCGUUGGGGAGUAUUGACAUCAAAAAAGGGGCGGCACACUGCAUAGACACACGCACACACAUGAAGACAUAGAGGGCACCCAUUGUAAC